GGCGACCUUUGCCGAGCGCCGGCGGAAUCGGCCGAGCGCGCGGGAACGUGGGGGCGAGCGCGGCGCGGUGUUUUCAUGCGCUUAGUUUCGCGCCGGUUGCCACGAAAGUCGCAUUGACUCGGGUUGGUGCGCGCGUGCGUGCGUGAGUUUUUCGAAAAAGGAAGGAAAAAAAGAGGACACACUUCGCGGACGGUCGCAGCGUCUCUUCUCGAACGCGGAGAGAAAAAACACGGACUGGUACGAGUCUACGUUUCAUGGCGGAAGACGGGGCGACGGAUGCAACGAGUUCGCGCGCAAAGUUGCACUUUGCCGAGUGAAAAGGGUCGAGGGUUUCGCGCGGACAGCUUGCUUUUUUUCCCCGGAAACGAAACGCGAGGGUAAGAGAAGGAGAGAGGAAGCAAUCGCUUAAAGUCAGCCGAGUAUCGAGCCGUCUGUCACGGGACCGAAACUCCACGAACGCUACAAUGUGCUGUGUGUGUGAUGUACGGUGCAGUGUGUUGGUGCUAACUUAGUGAUAACAACGAGAUAUAUAUAAAUCCUCUCCUCCGUUGCACAUCCCACAUCCGCAUUACGGACAAACUAGUCGCCGUGUUAUCUCGCGCCCGCCGGGAUUGUCGCCGGUAAAAUAAGGGCGGAGAACCGGCAAGAAAUCUUCGGUGCUCCUCUCGAGGAAAUUAGAACCAGGAUUACCUAUGAUCCCGCUGGGCGUCGCGAGGACGACGGAAAAGGCAGAGAGGCGCUUUUGGCAGCGUUCCUAAUCUCCCUGCCUGCCUUUCCUCCCGUUCUCUUCUCUCUCUCUCUCUCUCUCUUUCUCUAUUCUGCUCCCUUUUUUCAUCCCCUUUUUCUUCCUCUCCUCCACCUGACUUUCGCGGUUCCUCGACGGCGAACGAGUCGCGAAGACGCAUCUCGAAGACCUCACGUCGGAAGAUCGCACUAUGGACAUGAGCAGCGAGUCGAGCACCGCUAGAUGGUACGAGCCGCCUAGGUCGACGCUGGAGCCGCCUUCGGGGGGCGCCGGGGUGGCCGGGGUGGUCGGCAACCCCACCGACUACAGGGGUUACUAUUCCCACGCCGGACCGACGGCGCAUCACCCCGCAGCCGCGGCCGCACACUACGCCCACACAAGGAUGUCGAGCAGCGGCGUGUCGAGCGGUCCGGUGAGCCAGGUCUGCCGGCCGCACUUUCACAGCUCGGUUCUCCAUCCGUGGCUGUCCAGCAGCAGCGCGGACACCUCGAAGCCCUGGGGAUUCCCUACGACGGCGACCACGGGCGGCGCCGUGAGCGACGAGAAGCCACAGAGUCCGCUGGGAUCCUCGCUGCCGCCCACCACUGGAAGUCUGUCGAGUCACGGUGGCGGCGGCGCCGGCCACCAUCUCUUCUCCUUCCCGCCGACGCCGCCCAAGGACGCUACGCCCGAUAGCAUAACCGCGAGCACGACCUCCAGCACGAACAACAACAACAACAACUCGACGAGCGCCAACAACAACAAUAACAACAGCGGCAACCCGCUGUCCGGUCUGGGCGGCGGCGCCGCCAGCGAGUACCAGGCGGCAGUCGCGCACGCGGCGGUGAUGGGUGCGUUCAUGCACCAUCAGGAUGCAUUAGGAGCGUCCGGUGCCGGCUCGUGCGACAUCAAGCCGACGGUGAUGCUCGGUCAUCAUCACGGGGCGCCCUCGCCGCCGCAUCAGCAGCACAACGGUUCCAACAACGGCAGCAACGGACCCGGCACGAAUGGUUCAUCCGCCGGCCAGGUGAAGCAGCGAGAAGAGGGUCGCGAGUGCGUGAAUUGCGGUGCUACUUCGACGCCGCUCUGGAGACGGGACGGCACCGGCCACUACCUCUGCAACGCCUGCGGGCUCUACUACAAGAUGAACGGCCAGAAUCGACCCCUCAUCAAGCCGAAACGACGCCUGUCGCUGCAGAGUGCGGCGAGACGGGCAGGCACCAGCUGCGCCAACUGCAAGACGGCGACCACGACUCUCUGGCGAAGGAAUCAAGCGGGCGAACCUGUCUGCAACGCUUGCGGACUCUACUACAAGCUGCACAACGUGAACCGGCCAUUGACGAUGAAGAAGGAGGGCAUCCAGACGAGAAAUAGGAAGCUCUCGUCAAAGAGCAAGAAAAAGAAGGCCGGCGGCUGCCUGGGCCUCGGUGGUGUCAUGGGCGACAUGAUCAAGGCCGGUGGACACCUUGAUCUCGACAACAAGCCCUUCCAUUCCGGAUUCGGCUCGCCGAUGGGUACGUCCCAGCAUCAUCACACGAUGCAUCCGGCGAUGCAGCAUUACAUGUAUCACACGGGUGUCGGCGUGGCCGGAGGUCUUCAUCAGGGAUUUGCGCCACCGGCGCCGCCCCCCAUCCACCCGCACUCGCAUUCGCAUUCCCAUUCCCAUCACAUGACGAGUCUUCAGGGUCUGCAGCUGGCCACGACGAACGCGAUGACCGGCUGGCGAUCGGAGUACACAUGAAUCGCGAGUGACUAAGCAGCUCAGGAGGACGCAGCCCACCACUGUCUCGUAAUGUUGCAAAAUGCGUAAAAGGGGAGAAACGCGAAAAAUUAAAAAAUAACUGAACAUAUACAUACAUAUAUAUUUAUUUAUUUAUAUAUAUAUAUAUAUAUGUAUGUAUGUGCUCCUCUUCUCUUUCUCGCGUGCGGGCGUCUCCUUCUCGCGAAGGGGACACAAUCGAUCACCGACGACACGGGGAGACCAAAAAUAAACUAAAAUAAAAGCAAACCUAACAUUCCCGCGACAACACGCGGGACACGUAUCCAGGGCUCACGUCGUCCUCGCGGGGGCACGACCGUGAGAGCAGCGCGUCCGUUGGAUCUCUCUUAUAAAAGUGAAAGCUCUUGUAAAUAUGUAAAGUCUCAUGUGUAGGGCCAUCGAGCCCCGGCCCCAAGUACAAAGGAAAAAAAAUCAGCUACUGUAUCGAGUCUUAUACAUACAUAUAUAUGUAUAUAUAUCAUAUGUACGUAUGAUAUGU